AUGGCAUCACUUCUCAAAGUUCCAUUUAUUCUCUCGUCUGCCAUCACGCAGCACAUGUCGUUUACACCUCCGAACGUCCCCUCGAGUGCAGAGACUAUUCCCCAAAGGUUCAAUGAGCAGGUGUUCACUCGGUUUAUUAUGUACGGGUUUCCGAUUAUGAAAACAGUUUACUGGAUUGUUUCUGUCGCAGAGAUCGUUACCAUCGUGUCUCACACGACGGACUCUCUGUCCUUCAUACAAGCCAUUGCACAACACGCAGUCGGUCAUGGAAUUCAUGACACACCCAUUACUUUCUCUUUCAUCUUGGGCACCACACUUGCUGUCGUAGGGGGUCUCAUACGCUGGUGGUGUUUUCGCACCCUCGGUCGCUUUUUCACAUUCCAACUCAGUGUCCGCAAAGGACACCAUAUUGUAACGACAGGACCAUACGCUGUCAUACGCCAUCCAUCAUAUACAGCAGGUAUUAUACAGAUGACCGGCAUGGUAAUACUGCACGGAUCGCCCACUUCAUGGCUUAGAUGCUCCGGAGUUUUAGAUUUUUUCGGACUCAAAUUAGCUGUGGUGGCAUGGCUUGCGGGGAUCACGCUUCUUGUGAUCAACAUCGUGUUUAGGGUCAGCGAAGAAGAUGAAGCACUGAAAUCGGCUUUCGGAGACGAGUGGGCGAGUUCGUCCAAAACGGGCAGUGUCUGCGUAUUUGCACCGGGGUUAUAUGCGACUGCCAUGGCGUUGACUCGGAGUGCUGAUGACCAGUCGGGGAACCAGGAUACAUUGCUGAAUGGCGACGAAGAAUAUCGCAGUGCUUCUAUAGCACUGGCUUCCAUCUGCAUCACCUUGGGAUAA